GGGCGCGAUGGCGGCUGCGGCCGAGCGUGUUGACGAAUUGGUGCGGGAAUACUUGCUGUUCCGCGGCUUCACUGCCACGCUGAAACAACUAGAUGCGGAGAUCAAGGCAGACAAGGAGAAAGGCUUCCGGGUGGACAAAAUAGUGGACCAGCUUCUGCAGUUUGUUCACAGCUAUGAUCUAGCUGCUCUUCGAGAGUACUGGAGUUACCUUGACAGACGCCUUUUCAGUCGACUGGAGGAUAUGUAUCGACCUACAGUGAACAAGUUGAAAAUCAGUUUAUACCGCUAUUAUCUCAUUCAUGCUGUGCAGACGAACAGAAAUGACAAGAUACAAGAAUUCUUUCUCAAACAAGCCUCCGAACUUCAAAAUCAGACUGAAUGGAAGGAUUGGUUUGUUUUGCCUUUUAUCCCAAAUCCAGAUGCAAACCCUAACUUUGCCAUGUAUUUUUCCCGUCGGUGGAUGGAUAUUUUCAUUGUUUCUCUACAUAACUUCCUCAGUGUUUUAUUUCAGUGUAUUCCUGUGCCAGUGAUUCUGAACUUCGAAGCAGAAUGUCAGCGGAACAAUCUCCUGCAAGAAAAAAAUGAAGUCCUUUGUCAAAAGUUAUUUGCUUUGCAAGCAGAAUACUCCCAUAUAAAAAAAGAGGAACAACAGGAGGAGGAGGAGGAUUUGACACUUCAUCAUAAACUUCCUUCAUAUGUAGUUAACAUGGACCAUCUGGGAGACUCAGAGCUUGACUUGAUAUGCAGCCAGAGAAGCACUGCACAUUCUCUGCAGGCCCGAGGAGGAUUCCUGUCUUCCUUGCUACCUCAGAGCAAAAAGGGCCCUGCAAGAACAACCCAGCCAACAGGAGCCACACCAGCACAGACAGGAAUCGCACAAGGAGGCAGAAAAGAGCUGCCAAACCACCAGGUUCCCAAAGGGAAAGAGGCAGCAAUUGGAGGCAAGGAAUCAAAAAGUCAUAUCGGUGGUGUGGUUUCCAUGGAGCCUACCUCAAUACAACAGAAUCAGAGACGUUUACAGGAUCAUGGAAAGGAAAAGAAAGAGUUUGGAUCUAAAAUAGCUUUCCAGGGACAGAAUGCUGAGAAGAAAGUGGAGAUUACUGUCAUUGAAACAGAGCCAUUCCCUGAGCUUCAUGUUGAACAACUGGAAAACCAGACAAAAGUAUUUGGAACUGUCAUGGAUGCUGGAGUCAUAAGGCAUGAGCAGCCCUUCAUUGUUCUGAGUCAAGAGGAAUAUGGAGAACACCACUCAUCCAUCAUGCAUUGCCGGGUGGACUGCUCUGGCAGAAGAGUGGCCAGUUUAGAUGUGGAUGGAGUCAUCAAGGUGUGGUCUUUCAAUCCUAUCAUGCAGACAAAAGCAUCUUCAAUUUCCAAGUCUCCACUGCUUUCUCUGGAAUGGGCAACCAAACGGGACAGGCUGUUGUUGCUUGGCAGUGGAGUUGGUACUGUUCGUCUCUAUGACACUGAAGCCAAGAAGAAUCUUUGUGAAAUUAGCAUUGAUGAAGAUAUGCCCAGGAUCCUGUCCCUUGCUUGUAGUCCAAGUGGUGCUUCCUUUGUCUGUUCAGCUGCAGCAUCUGGCCUUGUCAAUCAGCUAGAUUAUGCUACGUCAGAUUCUGGAGGAAAGGGCAUCAAUCAAGUUCCUGGGAAAUUGCUUUUGUGGGAUACCAAAACUAUGAAGCAGCAGCUCCAAUUUUCUCUUGAACCAGAGCCCAUUGCUAUAAACUGCACAGCCUUCAAUCAUAAUGGGAAUCUCCUGGUCACUGGAGCAGCAGAUGGCAUAAUUCGCCUCUUUGAUAUGCAGCAGCAUGAAUGUGCUAUGAGCUGGAAGGCCCACGAUGGGGAGGUUUAUUCUGUUGAAUUCAGCUAUGAUGAGAAUGCUGUUUAUAGCAUAGGUGAAGAUGGAAAGUUUAUUCAAUGGAAUAUCCAUAAAAGCGGAUGCAAAAUUUCUGAAUUUAGUCUCCCUAAAGAUGCCACUGGGCCCUUUGUGUUGUCUGGCUACAGCGGAUACAAACAAGUCCAAUUCCCACGUGGAAGGCUCUUUGCAUUUGAUUCUGAAGGAAACUACAUGUUAACCUGUUCUUCCACUGGAGGGGUUAUCUACAAGCUGAAUAGCAAUGACAAAAUACUAGAGAGCUGUCUUUCCCUUGGAGGACAUAGGGCUCCGGUAGUCACUGUGGACUGGUGCACAGCCAUGGAUUGUGGGACCUGCCUCACUGCAUCCAUGGAUGGGAAGAUCAAACUAACCACUCUACUUGCACAGAAGUCUUAAAUGAAACUAUGCUCCAAGAUGAGAACAUUUUUUUUCUACAGAAGAAUGAUCAAUCAGUAUUAACCAUUAGCUUCAAGGUUUUGUGGGGAGGGAGGGUUUAAUCACUUGUCUAAAGGUCAUGAUCUCCUUUUAAGUUAGGAGUUAAAUUUAACUGCAAAACUACUGCCACUUAGAAGAGGAUCUUCUAACAGUUCAUCUCAACAAAUAUUAAACAUUCCCUGAUCUUGAUGAUCCUUUCAAUAAGGAUCAGCCCAUUUUUUCCUCUUGGUCUUCAUUAGCACAUAGCCAUAAUUCUCUGGGUUUGUCCCAAGAUGGAGUACAAAUUUGUUGUGGUUCUAGCAGGUGGGAGAUGGAGAGGGAAGUCUUUUUCAAAACUAACAGUAUUAGUUGCAUUUUUACUAGAAGAAAAUUUGAUUCCAUUUACAUUAUGCUGCUUUGGUUGUUUGAAGAACAUUCCGUGCUAUGCUCUAGAAGAAAAAAAGUUAUUAUAUAAUUCAUAUUGUUUAUUUUCCUUUAUUUAGAGUUUUGGACAUCUGAUAUAGACUACAGAAAGCAUAUGAUAGUAAAAAUGUUAUGAAAUG